AUGAAAGUGUUCGUCGCAUUCGCAAUCGCAUCCCUGCUCAUUGUCAGCUGCGCUUGGGCCGCACCAAGCGUGCAAGACAAUCGCAUCGAGGGUGAGAAUGGUGGUACGCUGGCGCUUGCCGCCCGCUAUCUAGGCAACUGCUUCGAAACUGAGGAUAUAACCACCUGUUUAGCAGUUAAAGGUAUUACCGCAUUGAAUCGUGCCGCCAGGAGCAACAACAUCGAAAUCGUCAGCGGCAUAUCAUUCAAGAG